GUGAAACAAGGAAAUAUACUCAUUGGGAAACAUAGUCGUUGGAGGAAUAUUAAUUUGCAUCGUUUGAUAAAUUAUACUCGAUCAUAAAAGUCCGAACAUGUUCAUGUUGAAGCAGUGUUUACCAUGGCUAAUACUGGCAGCCGCCAUCACUGUACUCUAUUCAGCCCCGGUGAACGUUAACGAAAAUGAAGUCGACGAUAAAGAUUUCGAAGAUAGCUUUCUGCUAUUGGACUAUCGGAGUUAUUUCCGACAGGUCGGAGAAAUUCUUACAGACGAUCCAGUUAUUCUUGAUGAAUUGAAAAAACUUAGUGACCACGACAUAGAGAGUGGAAAUGUGAGCCAUGUCUUACAAUUCGCCCACAAAACCAUUCGUGAUAAACUGGACGAAUUGAAAAGCGAAGAAAUUAACCGUCUCAGAUCAGGAAUAAGUAAAAGCUUUAAAGCAGCUCGGGAAUCGAACGCCACUGCUGCCAUGAAGGAGAGCAUAGCAAACAGUAUCAAGGACUAUACGGGACACAUCGAAAUGAAGAUGCAAGAGUUCCGACCAGAGGACUUGCAAUUGUUAAUAAAAAAGGCACACGAAGAUAUUACUAGGAUCAAUCAGCUGAGAAAAGACGAUUUUAAGAAAGGAGCCAUGGAAAAGGAAAUUCAGAGAAGGAAAGAGCUUCUUAAUUUAUCUUUGAAUGAGCGAAAAGUACAAGAAGAAAAGUUUGCAGAAGAAAAGCUAAAAGAAAGCAAACAUGAAGAGGUCAACCAUCCAGGUAGCAAAAAGCAAUUAGAAGAAGUGUGGGAAAAAACAGAUCAAUUGGAAAAAGAGUUUUUUGACCCGAAGGUGUUUUUUAGAAUGCACGAUAUUAAUGCUGAUGGCUUUCUGGACAUUCUCGAGGUAGAAGCAUUAUUAAUAAAAGAGGUUGACAAAAUAUAUGGCGAAGAUGGUGACCCUUCAGAGAAAACAGAAGAAAUUUCGAGAAUGAGAGAACAUGUUUAUAAUGAGGUUGAUCAAAAUAAAGACGAUUUAAUAAAUCAGAAAGAAUUUGUAGAGUCUAUUUCAAGAGAUCAAGAUGAAGAAGGCUGGGAGGACUUACGCGACAAUCCCAUUUACACGGAAGAUGAAUUGAAUGAGUACAACAAAAAAAUGGAAGAGCUUCAAGAAGUAAAAGACAAUGCCACGAAGAAAAGACAGGACCGAGCAAAUAACAAGUUGACGGAGCAGCAACAGACUGAUGAUAAUAUUGUCAGAAUGCAAGUUUGA